GUGUAAACACAAUGUAACCUGUAUGUUAGCGCAGAGCUCUCUGUGUAGAAGGUACAUAUUGUGUUCACGGCAGCCAUGAUUUUCAGAUCCCGCCCUCGGCAUCACCUGCUGCGUAUGUUUGUAGUCUGCGUGGUACUGCUGAUGUCGGUUCCUAUAUAUCAUCUCAUCAAUGCGUUUUGGCUGAAGAAACAUAGUCUCAUCUCUGUCCCAUAUACGGAUGGGAUCAGAAGAGAGAUAUCCCGAAUUGAGACUUACCUGAAGUCGUACCAAGUAUCGUCUCUGAACGUCAAUGAAGUUCAAACUGAUUUGAUAAAACCUGAAACGCUUGAAUAUACAAACUUGUCCAUAAGGUCUCAGAUCAAAAAGAAGGAACGUACACACAAACUUAUAGUUUGGCAUAUGCUCCCACAUCGUUAUAAGCAUUACAACGCACAUCCUGUAAAAUGCAUGUAUUACACGUGCAUAUACUCUUCCAACACGUCUUAUAUACAGGAAGCAGAUGCCGUCAUUGUUGACGUGUUUUUGCUAUCACGAAGUCAAAGCAAGGAAAUACCGGUGAGAUCUAGUCCAGACCAGGUGUGGAUAUUCUUUGCGCAAGAGCCAUGGACUAACUACAAUUAUCGUUUUCCUAGAAAGAAUUGGAAUAGUAUCUUUAACUGGACACUCACGUAUCAGAGGCAUUCCGACUUCUGGGCUCCUUACGGUCUUCUGAGACACCAACCAGAUCAGAAACAACCUGACUGGAACAAGGUCAUGGCACUGAAAACAAAGAAGGUUUUGUGGUUCGUAGGUAAUUGUAAAUCGGGAAGUAAACGAGAAGAAUACGUGAACGAGUUAAAGAAGUAUAUCCCAAUCGAUAUUUUCGGGCGUUGUGGGAGGCCCCAGCUUUACUGUACUGCCGGUAGUGAGUGGGACGAGGAUAAGUGUUUCAAACAGUAUAAAUUUUAUCUAGCGUUUGAAAGUAAUUUUUGUAAAGAUUAUGUCACGGAAAAGUUUUUCAAGACAUUUCAAAGGGGCCGCCGUAUCAUUCCUGUAGUUCGAGGCAAUGGAGAUUAUGCCAAACAUUACCCAAAAGACACGUUCCUGAACACAGCUGACUUCCGGUCGCCUAAAGACCUGGCUGCGCAUCUUUUAUAUCUGGACAGGAACUCCACUGCGUACAUUGAACUUCUCAAAACACACGCGCAGUAUAAAUAUCACAGUGCCGGGAGGAAGCUAUGUGAAAUGUGUAUACGACUACACAGAUCGGGGAAACAUCGGCAGUCGUACCCGAAUAUCUCGGCGUGGAUGGACACUUGUGACAACGUUUCAAAAGGUUAGGACUUCAUGCAUCACCAAGCAACGUUGGUCAGUGAGACGAGUCGACACCUUCGAUACAGAACAGUCCAAGCGCAGAGGUAUUUGUAAUUUUGUUCAAUUAUGCCCCCAGAAUCUAAUAACCCAUUUGCAUAUUAGAAUAUAAUGGUAAACAUCUUCACGAUAAUCAUAUUGAUAUACUUUCUUUCACUCUGUAGAAAAACACAUUUUAUAGAUUGGCGUCUUUUUUAUUGCAAUGGUAACAUAAACUACCCUGCAAAAGAAAGUUAUUACCGAGUUCACUUGACCAAAAAGUCGAAACAAAGACGUAUGUGAGAUUUAUGAUAAUUAUUUUCUAAACAGAAAUCAUUUUCCAAUAAUUUGACUGAAAAUUUUCGAACCGCUGCGUUGUUAUCGAUACCAUGCUGCGUUUUGACGAAUGAUUUCUGCUUGGGCGCAAACCUGCACCACCGGGUUUUGGUUUUUUAUAAAGUUACUUUAAAAGCGAGAACUUUCUUUUGCCCGGUAGUUUAGUAAUGUAUAGCUACAUAUAUAGAUAUAUCCUGGCCAGUCGUUUGCUGAGUUAUAGACUAGUUAUGUGAUUUGAGCUUUCUGGACGUCAGACGUGUUCGCAUGAAGAUUUUACUUUACAUAGAAAUUCAUAUAUAAACAUGGAGAUAUUUGUGAUAUAUUGGCGUUCCCAUACAAGUAUAAAAAUUUGUUAACUGUAUAAUGUAUUUUAGGCCAGAAUAUAUGCCAAUAAAUUAUUGUGAAAUUCCUACAAGGCAAAAACUUAACACUUAAAUGCCAUUUGUCCAUCAAAUAACUGCACAAUACCUGUCUAUGUUCAUUGUUAAAGCAAUAUUUCUUAUACAUUUUUUUAAAAUACAUAAAUGUGAGCCUUUAAUUUCCAGUGUGCAUUUUCCGUUUGUACCAUAGGUCUAUGGCUUAUGGUAGACUUGAAUAAAGAACCACUAAUGAACAAAA